AUGGUCUUAAAUAGCUGUGAUUCUGGUUUCGGUAAUCGUUUGGCCUUUAGGUUAAACUCAAUGGGAUUUCGAGUCUAUGCGUGUGUUUUGGACACAAACAGUACCGGAGCUCAAGAUCUGAGCAAUAAAUGCCAGUUUAAGGACGAGAUAUGUAUUGUGCGAAUGGAUGUCACUAUCGAUGAGGACAUCGAUUGGUGUCACGAGUUUGUUGUCGCGGAUCUACAGACCAGUGGCCGUGUGUUGUGGUCAGUGGUCAACAACGCCGGUGUUAUGACAUACGGGCACUUAGAAUGGGGUAGAUUUUCACAAUACACUAAAGUGUUUGAUGUGAACGUGUUUGGUGUGGUUCGGGUGACCAGAAAAUUCAUACCACUUAUACGAGAGUCAAAAGGCCGGUUAGUGUUCACCACGGCUCAGGCGGGUCGAGUGGCGUACGACAAUCUCGGCGUGUAUUGUAUGUCCAAAGCGGCGAUCAUAGCGUUCACCGAUGUUUUGCGGCGAGAGAUGCGACCCUUUGGGGUCCGGGUGUCGACCGUAGAGCCCCUUAUAUUCAAGACAGUUAUGGUUGGUUUGGGUGAACACGAGAUCAGCAAGAAUUGGUCAGAAACGGAUCCGCCGGUGCGGGAAGUCUACGGCCAGGCCUACUACGAGCGCCAGAUUAAAAUUGUCAACUUUUUAUUGUUGAUUACGAGGCCUAAUAAAAAUUUGGAUAUUGUUGCCGAUGAUAUGGUGGACGCGGUGGCCAGUCGUCGGCCCAAUAAGUACUACACUCCGGUCAAUCGGUGGUGGCUUAACGGCUAUCACCGUCUACUUCGCAUAACACCGCAAUGUUUUAUCGACUAUUUGUUUAGCUGCGAUUCUGGUUUCGGUAAUCGUUUGGCUUUUAAGUUAAACUCAAAGGGAUUUCGAGUCUAUGCGUGUGUUUUGGACACAGAGAGUACCGGAGCUCAGGAUCUGAGCAAUAAAUGCCAGUUUAAGGACGAGAUAUGUAUUGUGCGAAUGGAUGUCACUAUAGAUGAGGACAUCGAUCGGUGCCACGAGUUUGUUGUCGCGGAUCUACAGACCAGUGGCCGCGUGUUGUGGUCAGUUGUCAACAACGCCGGUGUUGCGACAUAUGGACACUUAGAAUGGGGUAAAUUUUCACAAUACACUAAAUUGUUUGAUGUGAACGUGUUUGGUGUGGUUCGGGUGACCAGAAAAUUCAUACCACUUAUACGCCAAUCAAAGGGUCGAUUUGUAAUCACGGCUAGUAUGGGCGGUCGCAUUGCUAUCGAUAAUCUCGGUAUAUAUUGCAUGACCAAAUCUGCGAUCAUAGCGUUCAGCGAUGUAUUGCGCCGAGAGAUGCGACCUUUUGGGGUCCGGGUGUCGACCGUAGAGCCCAUGCUAUUCAAGACAGCGAUGUAUGACAUCGUGAAGCCGGAGCUCAACAAAAAUUGGUCACAAACGGAGGGUCAGGUGCGGGAGGCCUACGGACAGCCAUACUUUGAGCAACAGUUUAAAACCGUUGACUUUCUACUGACAAUAGCGAUGGGCAGUAAAAAGCUAGACAUUGUUGUGGACGAUAUGGUGGCGGCUAUUGUCAGCCGUCGGCCCAACCGGUGUUAUCAACCGGCCAAUCGGUGGCUGUAUAAUGUAUUUCCUACCUUAGUCUAUUUAGCGCCUCAAUGGACUAUUGAUCUGAUUUUCAGUUCUGUUCAGACAACAAAACCCUCAUAUGUAGUGCAAAAUGCAAAUCAAAUUAAGCAUGAUAAUGUCUAA